CGAAUUGAUUACACCCACUGGCAGCACUGGUCAGCAUUGUCAAGCGGAGAAAUAAAAUGGAGAAUCUUGUGUGAUUGUUAUUUUGCACAACAGUAAGGAAGCUGUUGUCGAAAAGUGUGUUUCAAGCUAGCUUUGGCACGAUUUGCUGACCGAUUCUACAUCAGCACAACGCGCCAACCGUGCUCGGGAAGGAAUUUAACGCGUUUACGGCCGUUCUAACGCGUCCUACAACGUGUCGCCCUGGAAACGCCAAAGCCACCCCCUUUCCGCCCCUCGCGAGCAGAGUAGUUUGUGGGUUUUGUGCGAGGGAGAAAAGUCGCAGGAAAACGACCCGCGCCUAGCUGCAGGUGUGUGUGUUUUUGUGCGAAAGGAGGUGGGGAAGAAAAUUACAAGAAUCAUCAAAUUCGCCGUUCCGGUCCUGCCAUCACGGCCAGUCACGUUGUGUCGCCUCCCUGCCACGCUAGAGAGUGUGUCGCCUGUGUUUAUGUACCUCAUCUCCCGCCCCCACCAGCCCCUCCUUCCCCUCUCCAAAGCUGCUGUGUGAGGUGUUGUGCGGGGGUGUGAAUAAGACAGGGGGGAUUGAAGCGCACAAGAAGUGGCACACAAACAUACAAUCGCGCCCCAUUCGCCGUUCUAGACACACGCAUACACAAACACACACACACACACACACAUCUCCCACCUAGCAUGGAAAACGAUGCACCACCAUUCGUGUGCUGCGCUGCAGGCGAAAGCCCGCUCCAGUGGUUAGGAUGAUGCUGCUGCUGCUGCCGUGAUGAGAAAAGAAAUAUGCAUUACCACGCCGUGCCCCGGAUCGCUGCGUGGAGGCUCGUAGAGGUGGGCAACGUCAUAGGCGUCGCUGGAUUGCGUGCGUAAAUGCGUGCGCGUUCGUGCAUCCCACCGGAGAGCGUGGUUGGCGCAAUGCAAAGGUGCAAGAAAGGCGCUUUCCGUAGCCAUGCCAGCGAAUCUGGCACAGAGACGAUCCAUGCAUACAAACAAACAAAAAAAAACUCUUGAACGAAAAGUGUUUAGUGCGUGAAAUAUAUCGUUUAGUGUGAAGAAAAAACACUUACAUAAACUCGCGAUAAACCCGUGUUCUUGUGUGCGUGCGUGCGUGUUAGUGUGAGUGAGUGAACUGAGUAUCCUGUAGGAUUGGCAGUGCUUACUGGAUUGCAUUUUGUGGCCGUACCGGAACUAAAAGCACCAUCUUCGAAUCGUAUCCGUGCGUAGCGUGCUGUGCUAGCUCUGGUCUGGUGGUGGCGGUGGUGGGCUCACCAACAGCGCGCACUGAUACGAUUUCAGUGGAUGGGAAAAGGGUCUACUUUAAUCCACGGACCAGAAUGAAGGAGAUGGUCGGUGGAUGUUGUGUCUGUUCAGACGAUCGCGGCUGGUCGGAAAAUCCGCUAGUGUACUGCGAUGGUCAAAGCUGUGCCGUGGCCGUGCACCAGGCGUGCUACGGAAUCGUGACCGUGCCGAGUGGUCCUUGGUACUGUCGGAAGUGUGAGAGUCAGGAGCGUCCGGCUCGGGUGCGCUGCGAGCUGUGCCCGUCCCGCGAUGGGGCGCUCAAGCGGACGGACAACCAGGGAUGGGCGCAUGUCGUCUGCGCCCUGUACAUUCCCGAGGUGCGUUUCGGGAACGUGACGACGAUGGAGCCGAUCAUCCUGCAGCUGAUCCCGCAGGAGCGAUACAACAAGACAUGCUACAUCUGUCAGGAUAUGGGCAAGGGGUCCCGUGCGAACGUAGGAGCCUGCAUGCAGUGCAACAAAUCGGGCUGCAAGCAACAGUUUCACGUCACCUGCGCCCAGCAGCUCGGCCUGCUGUGUGAAGAAGCUGGCAACUAUCUGGACAAUGUAAAGUACUGCGGCUACUGCCAGCACCACUACAGCAAACUGAAAAAGGGAGGCAAUGUGAAAACGAUCCCACCCUACAAGCCCAUCAGCCACGAGGCCAACUCGAGCGAUGGUCCGUCGUCGCCGGAGAAGGAAAUGGAACCGCCCCCACCCCAGCAACACUCCAGCAGCAGUGCGGCCGGAUCAGGUGGAACCGGUGGAGGUGGUGGCGGUGGUGGUGGGGGUGGCAGUGGGGCCGGUGGCAGCAGCAGCUCGAGCAGUGGGCUCAAGUCCAGCAGCCGGUUGUCGGGCGAACCGAGCGUCGGCGGCUCAUCGUCUACCUCUUCCUCGUCAUCGUCCUCCUCCUCCAAGCAGCGCAAGUCCUCGAGUGCGUCGAAAAGUUCGAGCGGAUCGGGCUCCGGCGCAUCGCUUUCGUCGUCCUCCUCGUCCUCGGUGCUGGCGUCCGGCGGGGGCGGUGGUUCCGGGGGCAGUGGGGCCAGUGGUAUGUCCGGCAACUCCUCCAUGUCCACCUCAUCGUCUUCGUCCUCUUCGUCGGGCGUUUCAAGCAUGUCCGGUAGCGGAGGCAGCGGUAGUGUGAGCAACAGUGGUGGCAGUGGAAUCGGUGGCUCGGGCAUCGCCGGAAGUGUGGGCGGCAGUGGUUCCAGCAAGACCAGUUCCGGCUCGUCCGGAGGAACUGGUGGUGGUGGUGGUAGUUCGGGCAGCAGUUCGAAGGAAAAGGAUAAAUAUAGUAAAAACCGCGACAAAAGCUCGAAAUCAUCGAAAUCGUCGAGCAGUAGCAGCACGAGCGGAGGAAGUGGAAGCAAUUUUAACAAUAGUACAAGUACAAGCAGUUCUGCCGGUGGCAGCUCCAACCAAUCGAAGGAUGUCGACAUGGGUGGGACGGCCGGUUCUUCUUCCGGGUCGAUGGGUGCGCUGGGUGCGAAUGCGUCCUCGCAAUCUUCAUCGCAAAGUGGCUACUCGUCGACCGCAGGCGGUGGCGGCAGUGGACCCGGAGGUAGCUCCAGCAGCAGCAGCGGCAGCAGCAGCAACUCCUCCAGCAAACAUCAUUCUGAUAAGCCCGACAAAGGAAGUGGCGGUGGUGGUAGCAGCAGUCAAGGUGGUGGCCCUCUGUCAACGAAUAGCGGCGUCGGAUCGGGACGGGCGGCUUCCCUCUCCCCGGCAGCGAUUCCGACGACGCUCAUCAUUAAGCCACCGCAGGACCACACCGGUGGCAGCGGGAAGGAACCACUGUCCAAGGAAGCGAUUGCAAAAAUGAGCACCUCGAGCAACUUCACCGAAACGAUCGUCGUCAAUUCGGAGUCGGUGUACAAUCAUGCCGGCUCGGGUAGCGGGAACGCUGGUUCCACGUCCGUGAUCGAGAGCGGCAAGCUGGCGAUGGGAGGUUCGGGAGCGGGCAGUGGUGGCUCGGGCGGUUCGUACGGUGGCAGCACCGGCCCCACAGGUGGAUCGUCCACCGGGAGUAGUAGUAGUAGCAGUAGCGGCGGCAAGAAGCGAAAGGCCGAUGCACGCUCGACACCAACAUCGUCGGUCAGCAGUAGCGAGAUGCUGGAUGCUAAUCGUGACCUGAUAAGGGACGUUGCCGUAUCGCUGGUGCCAUUGUCGCUGAGUAAAAACGAUCACAUUGAUCCGUCGUCGAUCGCAUCACACGAGAAGAGUGUGAAGAAGGCGAAAACCGAAACCAGCUCCCCGCUGCCCCAUCCGGCAACGGCGUUGCCAGCGCCGGAACCGAACCUCCAAAAUGUCACACCCAACCUCAUCCAGUCGGCGCACACAUCGAGCAUCAUCUCAUCCGCUUCGUCGUCUUCAGCGUCCUCCUCCUCCGGCAAGCAUCAGCAACAGCAGCAACACCACCAUCAUCAGCCAACGCCUCACUCGCCUCAGCAGCCAGCGUCGUCGCAGCACACACCGAGCCUGGUGGUGUCGGUACCGCUGUCGACGGCUACCGUACCUGGAGUUAAUCUACCCGCUAGUAACAAUAGUAACAGUAGCAGCCAUACCGGCAGUAGCAGCAGCAGCAGCAGCAGCAGUAGCAACGUUAAUCAUAGCGCUAGUAGCAAUAGCAACAGUACACCGAACAUUGUCUCACCAGGACAUCACCAAGGUAGCGAUCGAGGUGGCGGCGGCGGCGGCAGCCACAUCAAUAACAACAACAACAACAGCAAUAGUAACAGUGGUGGCAAUAGCAACUUGUACCAACAGAUUUCACACCGGGCAGGUGAUCAGUUGAUGAAUGCCAGCACGAACCGCUCUAGUCCCGUGAUCCAGCAGCAAUCGACGGCUCAGAACAUCAUUCAGUCGUCUUCGUCGUCCUCCUCCACUGCCGGUUCCUCCUCGUCGUCCACAGUCGGCCCUUCGAUCGGUCACCAUCAUCUCGAACGGCAGUCACCGUCUAUGCGCUCGUCCCCGGCCGGCGUGACGACCGGUGGUGCCAACGUAAUAACCUCCCUGCACCACAGCCAGUCACAGCAGCCGGAUCUGCUUUCGCCUGCGGGCGGUGGCGGCGCUACGGUGCUGCAAAGUGUGUCGCCCGUGCCGAUGAGUACGAUCCAACGCACCUCCUCACCGUCGACACUGCACGCGGGUGACAAUAGCAGCAGCAGCGGCGGCGGCGGCGGAGGAUUAAAGUUUGGCUACGAAAAACAAGCGCCUACGACGAACGCACGGAUAGCGGCCCUGCAGGAGGAGGAAGCGUCCACCGGCCGGCGGUCCAGGUACGGAUCACACUCGAGAGAACGUAGUGGUGGCAAUGGUGGAAACAACUCUACCGGUGGUGCCGGUAACACCGGCGUCGGUGGUGGUGUUUCUAGUGGUGGUGGUGGUGGUGGUGGAAAAACUCGUACAUCCAAAAAGCGUUCACAGCAGCAGCAACAGCAGCAACAGCAGCAGCAACAACAACAACAACAGUCCCAAUUACCACCAGAUCGAGGAUCACCUUCGAUUGGGAUAGAAUCCUCAGCAAGCGGUGGAUCGCAUCGCCGUGGGUCGUCUCCAUCACCUUCACGACGUUCUUCCCAUGGCGGUGGUGGCGGUAGUGGGCAGUCCUACUCGUACGGACCGGCCGUGGAUCGUAAUGUCGAUGACCAUUCACCAUCACGGUAUAAUCCAUCGUCGUCCGGUGGUAGUAAUGCGCCCGCGGCCGGCGGUAACAAUGCCAGCAACAAUGGUAGCGUGCUCUCGAUGGCAGCAGGAACCGGAUCCGCCACCGCGUCGGUGGUCGUGGGAAACUCUUCCUCCCAGAACAGCCACCAUCAUCAACAUUUGACACCUCACCAGCAGCAGCAGCAACAACAACAGCAACAUUCUCACCACCAUCACCACCACCAGCCGCAGCAGCAGCAGCAGCACCAUCACCAACAGCAUCAUCAACAUCACCAACAUUCGCACCAUCAGCAACAUUCCGCUGCGAUGGGCGACAAGCUUUCGUCGGGCGGUGGUACUUCUGCCGCACCGUCGUCGCUUCACUAUUCCACGGGCAGUUCGCAUUCUGCUUCGUCGCAGCAUUCAUCUAGUGCAAUUGCUAACAGUAACGCUUCGAAUGUAACAUCUACCAUUUCAUCUGUCGCUUCCCCUGCCGGGCCUGGGGCUACUGCUGCUGCUGCUGCUGCCGCUGCUUCUGUUGCCACAUCUUCAAUCGCUUCAAUGUCUGCUUCCUCUUCUACUUCCUCUACUGCCCACUCUAACAAUUCUUCCACUUCUGCUGCUGCCAGGAACGAUGGCGGAUCAUCGUCCGCCGGUGUACAUCCGGUCAUCGAAAUGGCGGGCAGUCACGGUGGAUCACAGAGCUAUCAGCAGCACCACCACCACCACACUAGUGGUGGGAUCAUUUCCGGCUACUCUCAAAACGCUAGCAGCAACAGUAGCGCCAGUACCAAAUCUCACCAAAACACCAAUAACGGUAGCAACAUGGAAAGCUUUCACCAGCAGCAGCAGCACCACCACCAUCAUCAACAACAACAGUAUCACGGAGGCGGUUCUGGUUCGCACAGUGUGCUCUCGGGCAGUGGCAACAGUAGUAUUAGUAUUAGUAGCAACAGUAACAACCUUAGUAGCAAUAAUAACACCUCCACUAUCACUACCACCACCACUACCAACACCACAAACAUCACCACCACCAGCAACAGCAGUAGCAAUAGUGGCAACAACAGUAACAGUAAAAACACCACCAUCAUCAGUAGCAAUAGCGGCAACCUGAGUGGCACCGCCGGCAACAGUAAUACUAACAACAGCACCGGAAGCAACCAUAAUAUAUCUAACAGUAGCAGCAGCAGCAGUAGCGGCGGUACCAUCGUAACAGCGGCUGCCAAUCCGAACAAAAAGCACCGGGGGGCUUCGCAUCAUCCAUCAAUCGUUGAACUUUCGCCAUCGCCAUCUACUUCCAGAACGCCGGAAAUGAUCGUAUCCAGCGGCGGUGUCGUCCCCUACAGCAUGAGCUCGACGAUGACAGCGGCCUCUUCCUCGUCGUACGGUGGUAGUUCCGGUGGUGGAGGAGGAGGGCUAAAGUUCUCGUACGAGGCUCAGCCCACGAACCCGUUGUCUGCAGUAUCGACCGCAUCGAUGAUGGGCAGUAGCGGCAGCGUGAUUGCGGCCCCGCAAGUCAAGGAUUCUCCCCCGAGCUCGCCCGGAUCGGAUGCGGGCGGCAGUGCCGCCGGCACAGCGAUCGUUAGCGGUCGGGGAACGAAACGCAACCGUAAGAUGUCUUCGAAUGCGGCGGCCGUGAACAGUGGUGCCGGGGCAGUGCCAACGACAUCGGUAGCAGGACAGACCGGUGGACCGUCGAUUGUACCGGCUUCGAUCGUGGCCGGUGGAAGCGCCGAUGCCAAGGAUGGCAAACUGUUUCAGAACGGAGGCAGCAGUAGUGCGGCCGCCGGCGGUUCGGUCGUGUCGGCUACCCAUAUGUUGGGUAAUCAGCUGAAUCCGAGCAGUAGCGUGGCGCAGAAAAUGUCCGACCAGCUGAGCAUGGAGAUCGAGGCUCACGCGUACGUACCCGGUCCGAUCGAUGCGGUGCCGACACUGAUGGGACCACAAUUCCCGGGAAAGAAUCGCACAAACAAUUCCCAAUCGAUGCCUGUUGGAGCGGGAGGUGGCGGUAACUCGUUAAGCUCGAUGCUAACGGGCGGUGCUACAGCGACGGCGAACGGGAACACUCCGCAAAGCUUGGAGCAGCUGCUGGAGCGGCAAUGGGAACAAGGAUCUCAGUUUCUUAUGGAACAAGCGCAACACUUCGACAUUGCCUCUCUGCUGUCCUGUCUCCAUCAGCUGCGGAGCGAGAACAUUCGGCUGGAAGAGCACGUCAACAAUUUGGUCGCACGAAGAGAUCAUCUGUUAGCGGUCAAUGCUCGUUUGGCUAUACCGCUGAACCCUACUGCGGCGCUGGGCGGUGUUGGGAUGAUCGGAGGAUCGGGCGGAUCGGGUCCGGGGGCCGGAGGGGCAGCGACCGGUGGCGCCGGUGUCGGUGGUGCUGGUAUCGGAUCUCUGCCAGGGCAAUUCAACAACAUCCACGGCAAUGGGCCAAUCGAUGCCAAUGUCAUCACCAACGCGUCGGCAGUGUCGAACCGAUCUAGCCGGGGGCAGCACGGACCGAACCAGCAGCAGCAGCCCGGCCAGCAGGGUCCGGUCGGCCACUUUGGGUCGGGGGCGGGAAGUAAUGCGGCCGGUGGCGGUAUUGGUGGUCUGCCGCAGGAGAAUGGUAUCGAUUUCCGACACACGAACUCCUCGCAUCCGGCCACAAACAGUGCAUCGAUAAGGCGCAACUCUCCUUCAAGCCAACCGUUCCCAUCAGCUACUACUGCAACUGGUGGUGGUGGCGGUGGUGGAACCACACGGGGGGCGCCCUCCACUAAUUCGUCCUCAGCGAACAACAGCACGGUCCAAGCGCAGACAACGGGGGGCACUGGUUCGGGUGAGCCGGUUCUCCCUUCCACCACCGGUACUACAGGUCGCUCGAGCACACUGCGACCGUCUUCCGGCCCAGCCAAUGUAUCGUCCACUGGUAGCAACAGUAGCACCGGCAGCAGCAACAGCAACAACAGCAACAGCAUUUCAACCGGCAACGGACCGACGCCGGCCAUCGGUGGUGGCGCAGGGCUGAACAGUUCCACCGUCGGUCCACCAGCGGGAACAUAUCAUCAGGCGACGCGUGAACAACAACAAACGAUCUACAACACGGCACACCAGCCUACACACCAAUUACGCCGAGACGAUGUUAGUAGCCAUGUUAGAAGUAGCUGAAAUAGCACUGCGCCAAACCAAGCUAGCCGCCGGCACCCGUCGGCCAUUAAUGAAAGCCAUUUUGUUUUCAACCGCCUAGAUUCCGCUCUUGCUCGAGCACCAUCAGCAGGAACAUUUGCAUCAUCAUGCCCAUUCCCAACCCUCCCACCACCAGCACCAGCACCACCACCACCACCAGCCUCCUGUAGCUUCUCUUCCUCCUCUUCCUCCACUACCUCCAACGCAGGCUCCUUUACAUCUUCACCCAUCGGUGACCGGCACAGCGGCCACGCUGCCACCGUCUUCGCAAGGACAUUCGCAACAGAACCAUCAUCAUCAUCAUCAACAGCAGCAACAAUCGAGCAGCAGCAGCAGCAGCAUUAUGUCACAAUCAAAUCAUCCCUCAUCGCCUCAAGUGUUGGUGAGUCGGGUGGGAGUGGCUCCAGUAACCUCCAGCUCCAUCCGAACCGCUCCCACAGCAGCAGCAGCAGCAGCAGCACACGUACCUCCUCGCUCCGUAAGCAGCAACCAUCACCAUCAUCAUCAACAGCAGCAGCAGCAGCAGCAGUCCCACCACCAUCCUCAACAUCACCACCACCAUCUCCAUCAGCACGCCUCCCAUCCGUAUAUGCACGGGAACCAUCUGCAGCAGCAUCGUUCAGCGUCCCCGCCACCAACCGGAAGCGGUCACGGACCGACGACCCAUCCACAUCAUCCGCUGCAACACCACCACGGAUCGCUGAACUCGAUCGAUGGGCCGAUGGCCGGUCGGGGAGCAGCUAUUACUACCACCCCACCACCACCACCACCCUCUCAGCCGGCAGUGGUAGUGGUAGACCGGAUGAUGACCGGUCACUCCCAACGGCCGCCAGCUCACUAAGACGGUGUGCGCAGGUGGUAAGCUUCAUCGAUCGAUUCAUACAAACGAACGGGAAGUGCCGGCGGAUCGGUGGUACGGCAGCGGCGGCAGCAGGCCGUGUUGCUGCGGUCAGCAAACUGUCCGCCUCGAACCCGGCCUGGCGACGUGCGACUGGUGCAAAGUACAAAGAUUUUUCCAUCGAUUUUAUACUGGGCUGUCGUAGUGGUGGUGGUGGUGUAGGUGAAGGACGAUCGUCAGCCCUGGCAGGUUCGUCGUCUUCAUCCCUUACACAGUACCGGAGCAGUGGUGCGGCGAUGGUUGGGAGCUCGAGCAGCAACAGCAGCAGCAGCAGUAGUGACGAUGACGAAGAUGACGGGGACGAUGGCGAUGAAGAGGAUGAUGAGUACGAUAAUGAUGGCGAUGAUGAGACGGAUGAUGAUGAUGAUGAUGAGAGUUGAUCGCUUGUUGGGAUUUAAGAGUGUUACACCACUACCACACUGUUGCUGGGUAGGGUUAAAUGGCGUAAAACCACAAACAGGAUUAUAUUUCUAUCUCCUUCUAUAGAGUUCGGAUAGGUCGAGGACGAAACCUUAGCGUCCUGUUUCCACUCUCUGUCUCUGUGCUCUCUAACAAUCUAUCUAUAUCUACAGCCCUGCUGCUAUCUGUAGUCCGUAGGGAUCGGUUUUACUGAACAAAAACAGAGGGGAUGGAAAUGCACAAUAUUUAAACCAUGCUGUACAUAUACACCUAUAAAGAAUUAUUAACACAAGGAUCGCACACGGUGAAGAAUCUCACCCCGCAUCAAGGUAGGCGUGUUGUAUUUGCAGAUAGAGGAAAUUACUUUUACGCGCGACCCCGUUUGCAGUAGCGUGCAAGCGGUUAGAGGAAGGCUUGUUGUAAUAGGGUAUAUUAACGAACGAAUUUUAAAACGCAAGACAUAUUGAAACAUAUUGCCUAAGUUUGAGCGGAUGGUGUUGCUAUUUCUGUAUCUAUUUUGUGCGAGGGGGGGGGGGCAUUUAGUUUUUGGGUUUAGUUGCAAUGCAAUGCUUUGGUGUGGUCGUCCCUGUUGUUUUUGGGAGUAAGCGCACGACAUUUACAAGGACGCAAGGACGCACGAUGGGGCAAAGUAAACACUCAGGUACACUCAACACGGCAGCAAAUAUUUAAAAAAAACGCUCUCUAAAAAGGAAUGUAGACAAUGUAGAGAAAAAACAGCAAAAUGGCGCAACGGUGACACGUGCGAAGCAGCAGUCGUUUUUUGAUCCAUUUCACUAGUUACUAUUGUCGUUUUGUAGCAUUUUUUGUUUGGUUUUGUUUUUCGAAUGGUGUAUUAUUACGAUCAGUGUGUGUGUGGUAUGUUUAGGUACAACUUUCUACCUUCUCCAGAUUUCUGGUCCAAUAUUUUUGUAUGAUUUUUGUGAGCGAAGUGAAGUGUAUGUCCUCCCUCUUCUACCACUCCUUCUCCAACCCAUUCACUUGCGAAGUCUAUUUCGCGGCUAAUUAGAGAGGGCCAAACAAAUGUGUGUACGGUGGUGGUGUAGUAGGAGAGCAUGCAUCAGCAAUGCGAGUAACGAGACACACACUAACACACAUACACACAAAGAAAUAAAUUUCGAGACCUGCAAGUUUAAGCUACGAUAUUUAAAACCAAAUCUCAUAAACAAUACAAUAGAGUACACAGUAGUCGGCGAGGACGCACGUAGGAAACAAACAGUGAGGUGUGAAAGAGGGAGAAAGAUGAUUCCCACGCCUACUGAGCGAAAUAAAACCUCUUAACACAAUGCAGAGUAAUCCAAUCAGUAGAGUUUGCUCCAGCGGCUUUCGUCCCGGUAGGUGCUGUAAAGCUUAAAGAAAGUGGGAAACCGUGAAAGUAGUGGCACAGAAAAAGCGGUCUGCAGAGAGGACAUUACAAAAGGUGAAGAACGGCAACCGAUCGAUCUGGAAGGUGGGAAGGACGGGAAGAAUUGAACAAAAUGACAUUAUGUAAAAGUAAUCGAUUUAAUAAAUAUUUGACAAAUUCA